GAGCGGCAAACUUUCAGAGGUCCCGGAGACAGGCUGUGCGCCGCCCGCCCCAGGCGCGCGGGAGUGUGUGUGUGUGUGUGUGUGUGCCUGCGCGCGCGAGCGCGCGUCUGAGUGUGUAAGGGGCCGAGGCUGGAAAGGAAAGCGGCCGCCUCGCGUAGAAGGAAGGAGCCUCCCCCUUCCUCGUCGCCCCCCUCCCCACUUCCCGUCCAGCUUGCUGUCGCUUCCCCCUCCGCGGGCCUCGGGGCACACGGAGACUUCCCACGGCCGAGAAGCUGGAGGAGCCUGUGGGGCUCAUGCUGGGCGGGGGACCCCAAGGCGCCCCGGCCGGUGGCGGCGGGGGCCACUGCGCAGCAGUGGCCCUGAGUGCCCGUAUUUCUUCUUCAGGAGACAGACAUGCUUUCCCCACAAGGCCCUGGGAUCAUCAAAUCAUUGGCAGCCGGGAUUGCUUACCACCUGCAGCGUCUUUUCGGAGGAGGCGGCUGGCACGGAGGCCGGGCUACAUGAGAGGCACAGCUGGGCCCCGGAUCGGGUUCCUCUACCCAGCAGUGGCCACUCCGUUACGGGCCCAGGGAGCGGCGUGCGGGGAGGAGUCCCUCCAGUCUGAGUCCAGGGCCAGACACUGUGGCCUUGAACUUGGAGGCCAGUGGCGAGGCCCCUCUGUUGGGAGCCCAGCAGCCUCGUCUCUGACCAUUGUGGGCCACCCAGGCCUGGCUCUGACCGCUGUGAGGGGACCCUCGGGGCUCUUUGGGAUUCAGCUCAGAGCUGACACCAAACUACCUGCCAGGCUCACCAGGUCAUGUGGCCCUGGGGACACUGGGUGGCAGGGGGCGCUCCCAUCCAUGGACAGUUCUGAGGCCCCAGGCCCUGGCCGGGAAGCUGCCGGCGGUGAAAGAGCAAAGGGCACCUGGACAAAAGGCUGUCUGUCCUCAGAGGAGGGGAAUGGCAGCAGGUGCAACCUUGAAAGUGGCCCCAGGGUCCCCUCUGCCCCAGCCGGCUCUCAGGAUGGCUUCACCUCCAGCUUUAGCUUCAUACGGCUCUCGCUCAGCUCUGCUGGGGAACGUGGGGAAGCGGAAGGCUGCUUGCCGUCCAGAGAUGCUGAGGCCCCUUGUCAGAGCCCCGUGGAGACGGAAGCCAAGGACGCCAGCUUGGACAGGCCCCACGCACACCCUCGACUUCUCUCUCCCCACUUCAACGUCAAGGCUGCUCAGAGCCUGGCCGACCCUGCCCAGAUGGCAGCAGGCAGCCCCCGGCUGGAGUGUGAGAUGCGUUCUUUACCGGACGUGGACACUGCCUCCUCCUGCCCCCUGGUCCCCUCGUGGUCAGAGGGCAGCGGCGUGGGGGAUGCUCCCCGUUGGGAAACACUACUCAGGAGGUGCGAGCCUGUGCUGCUGGACUGCCUGCUGAGUGACCAGAGGCAGCUGGAGGUAAAGUCCUUAAGAUUAAAGCUUCAGAAACUUCAAGAAAAAGCAGUUGAGGAAGAUGAUUAUGAUAAGGCCGAGGCGUUCAGACACAGAUUGGAAGAGCUGGAAAAGGAGAAAGGCAGCCCACACUUCCAGCUUCCUUCAAGGCAGCCGGCCCUCUGCAGCCUCCUGGGCCACCUGGAUGCACAGGCCCAGGCAGCCUUGCGCCACAGGGCCUCCCAGCUGGCCAGCAGUGACGGCGCCCAAGCCCUGCUCAGAAUGGAGCCAAAGCGGUUCGAACCCACUGCCCAGGAUGCCCUGCAUGUGUCCAUCACCAGACGAGACUGGCUUCUUCAAGAAAAGCAGCAGCUGCAGAAAGAAAUCGAAGCUCUCCAAGCAAGAAUGUCUGUGCUGGAAGCAAAAGAUGAGCAACUGAGAAGGGAAAUAGAAGAACAAGAGCGGCUGCUCCCGUGGCAGGGCUGCGACCUGGCCGCCCUGGUGGGCAGGCUGUCCCUGGGCGAGCUGCAGGAGGUCAGCAAGGCCUUGCACGACACCCUGGCCUUAGCCAACCAGAUUCCCCUCCAUGCAGAACCACCUGACGCCGUAAGGAGCCUCCGGGAACGGAUAAAAACCCUCAACUUGUCACUGAAGGAACUCACCGCUAAGGUGUGUAUGAGCGAGAGAAUCUGCAGCACUCUCAGGAAGAGAGUAAAUGAUAUUGAAAUCCAACUGCCGGCGCUGCUUGAAGCCAAAAUGCUAGCCGUAUCAGGAAACCAUUUCUGUACAGCCAAGGAGCUCACGGAGGAGAUGAGAUCACUAACAUCCGAGAGGGAAGGGCUGGAGGGACUCCUCGACAAACUGCUGCUGCUGAGCUCCAGGAAUGUCCAGAAGCUGGGAAGUGUGAAGGAAGACUACAGCAGACUGAGAAAGGAGCUGGACCAGGGGGAAACUGCCCACGAAACGAGUGUGAAGGAGAAUACUACGAAGUACAUGGAAAUCCUUGAGGAUAAACUGCGUAGCUGCAAGUGUCCACUGCUUGGAAAAGUGUGGGAAGCUGACUUGGAAGCUUGUCGGUUGCUCAUCCAGAGCCUGCAGCUCCGGGAGGCCAGGAGCGCCCUGUCCACAGAAGAGGAGAGGCUUAUAGAAGACUCAGGGGGAGCUACCUGUACAGCCACUCCUGCCAUCCCCUCCAGGCUCCACUCUGAAGACGAGAGGAGGAUCCCUCGGCAGGCCUUCGAAGAGUGGCAGGUUCACCUGACCGCAUCUCUGCACUGCGCUGGCAGCGAACAGAAGGAGGAAUCUUGGGUCCUUUCUGCCGAACUUGGAGAAAAAUGUGAAGCCAUUGACAAGAAGCUAUUGUACUUGGAAGAUCAGCUGCACGCGGCAAUUCACAGUCAUGAUGAAGAUCUCAUUCAUAUCCUUUUCAUCUUGCAGAUUAAGCACCUGCUAGGUUCUUUUGUAAAAGCAAGUCUUAAAAAAAGACUCAGUGUUUCCAUGCCCUAGCACAUGGAAACAGAUAUUUAUAGCACGGCACACCUUAGAUCUCUGAGAUAAUCCUGUGUGCGACGUUUGCUCUCUAGCUUUUGGUAAUUCAGCAUUUUCGAUGAUUAAGCCUGACCGUUAAAAAUUAGCCAUGAAGUUCAGACCUACACACAAGGCCAAAACAAAAUGCAGUUUUCAGCAUGUGGGAAGCUGGGUUUGUGGGGCUCAGAUGGUGGUGACACGGACUGGCUCAGUUUUCUAGGGGCUUCUCUGUACCAAGAAACCCAAAUCCAUCUUUGGUUUUCUUUACCGUACAAUCCUGCUCUGUAAUGAGCAGUAGAGUGUCAUAACUGACAGGACUUUGGAUCAUUCCCUUUCAGUUUCUUCUUGCACGAGACUCCACACACUUGGUGUCCCAUCCGCGGAUGCCUUCACCGACACUAGUUGCCACUGAGCAAGGUGGCAUGAGAACAUUCUGAAGCAUCGUUAUGUGUCCGUAUGGAGCCCUACAUCCCGGGCUGAUGGGUGGACGUCGUCAGUUCUGGUUAGUUAUUCUGAGGGCAAAUGGAAGGGUGAGUGGAUGGAUGAAGGGGUAUGAAGCCCCAUCCUGUCAGUUUUCAAUGAUUCAAUCAGAAGUGGGCAUGUCUCUAGACAAAAACCCUUCUCCGUUCACUCAUACUUUCUAUUCAGUAGUGCGACUCUAAUUACGUGUGUUUGCGGGAAAUGUAGCUAUAAUGUGGGAAAUGUAUUCUUCUCACUGCUGAUUUACUUUUCAGAAUUCCAGCUCUUUUUAUACUUUAUCUUGAGUGACUCUCUGUGUGUAUGUGUGUGUGUGUGUGUGUGUGUGUGUGUGUGUAAGUAGCUUUGAAUGGUCAAGGACUAAUCGUAAUCACAAAUAUUCAGAUCCACAGUUUAAUGACGGAGUCAACACUGUUUCCUUCUUCAUUAUAACCUUAAAUCUUAGACCUAGGUUAUUAAACUUAGCAGGAAAUUUCUUCAACUUAAUCAGUGGUUACUUUCACGUUGCUCAAGGUAGAUUUUUAAACGCAGACAUUCUGUUCUUCAUAACCUCCUGCCUCUUACAAAACUGGUGUUUAAGCCAUUGUUAGAAAGUUGACCAAAGAAACAGCAGAAGAAUUUUUUGCAUUUUUGCUUAUUCCAUGUUCAUGGGUCACCUAAAUUUGAGUACUUUAAGGGGACAUGGGCUCCAGCAAAUGGACAAAUGAGUCUCUGUGCCUGGGAGCAAAGCACUGCAGAGAGCCAAUGUGUAUAGAGGGGUGCCUGGCCCCAACCCGGCAGGUGGGGGCUUCCCCAGUGGGGCUUACAGUGAUGUCAGGUAGCAAUUCUGAGGGCAGCAGGCAGGGUCUGUGUUGAUCUAGAGACUUAAAUUUUCUAAAGUUAAUAGUCGAGUUUGUUUGUAGGGAAUUAGGUUUUCUCCCUAAUAGGGUCAAGUGGCAGGGACAGAGGCUGGGAGGGUAAAGAGCUGUGUAUAAAUAAGUUGUCCUCCAGCCAAUCCAAGAUUCAGAGGCAGUAAGACCGUGGACAAUUGAUAAAGCCUUGUUAUGAGUCAGCUUUCUCGUCUGCAACAGUGUGACAUGUGCCCAGCAGGUUCAUGAGGCUAGAUUCAGGAAAAAUCUUGAACUUGUUUGGACAUGACAAGUGCUAGGUUUUCGGUAGAAAAUGACAUUCUACAAGUCCAUUUGCCUCAACAUUUUCAGUGUUUGUGUCAAAAGCCUCAGCCACAUCCCAUUUAUAUGUAAGACCUUUCAAGGUAGGCGUACUCCAUUAUUUCGUCAUGAUGCUUGAAUGACUCCACUGGUCACCACACAGUGGCCUGUAUGAAAAGUUAUUUAAGUUUAAAAAAACAGCUGUAGACGCCUAGGGUUCAUUAUUCCUACUUGAAAGUUGAGAAAACCAAGGCUUAGCAAUUCCGUGACUCAUCCGGGGUCAUUUCUAAUGAGUGGCAAGCUCCAUGGUCCUCGGUCCAUUUGGGAGGUAGCUCAACCUCUAAGGAAGUGGUCAGGCCUGUCUGUGGACACAGAGAUAGUCUAAAGUUUUUAAGGUAUAAUACAAGUAUUUCAUUGACGUUAGGGUUUUUGAGAAUUUUGCCGAUCCUUGCGGAGAUAAGCGGAGACGUAGUGGGGGGCAUGUCAAUCCAGGGCUGGGAAACACUGUUUUAGGUACUGAAGACACUCCCCUCCCCACCCCUCAAAGCAAAUCUGUACUACCAUAUGGAUUUCAAUCCAAACUUUCCUCUGAAGCCCAAACUUUGUUCUGUGUCACUGACUGAAAGCAAAUACACAGAAGGUAUCUUUGAACUCAUACAACACAGCCCUUAGACUGGAGUGGAGUAUGGCACCUUAAAAUAGAAAGACAUAUUUACAAGGCUCUGCAUAGGCUCCCUGCACAAACCAAAGCCCUUGUUUCAAAUUAGACCUUAUCCACAGGUUCAAAGAGGCUGCUGAAUCCGCCAGCCAAACUCUGACUGGUUUGUGUUUCCUUUCUUGAUCAAAGAUAAAAGCUGAGUACAGUUGAAAGAAACAGCUUGCCACCAACAACACGGAAGAAUUACACAGUGAGUGUAAUGUUUUUGUUUGAUUCCAUUAAGCACUCUGCCAGAGCCUAGUGCGCAGGUGAUAUGGCGCGAACGUGAUUAACGUGAGUCCACAGUGAAUGUCCACGUCCAGAAGAUUCCAGCCCUGGAUGCCACGAAUGCUCUUUUGGCGUGUGGAGGCCACUGGGCUUCCACAUAAGCCCACGCGUGUGAGAAAGCAUUGUUAGUAAGGUGUCAACAGAGGGCUGGGCCACUCAUCGACAUUGGGGAUGCGUUUCCAAACAGAUCCCCUGGGCAUCCUGACUGGAUAUCAGGACUGCGGGCAGCCUACUGGGAGUGUCCUGCUUUUAUGAAGAAGACAUUGGAUUGACAGCUCCAAGAAGGGAAAGAAAAUAGACCCUGUGUCUUCAUCAUCCUGACGGACUCACUAAAUUACACGUAGCAUGACCAGACGGUGACACAGACCCGUGACUGCUACUGUACCGGCAAGUGUCUGAAAAAAGUCUCCACCAUUAAUUGGAAGAGCCGGCAUCACGGAGGUGACUCAUGCCUGGUGCCUGAGGAGAGGACAGGAGGUGUGACUCCCCUGCCAGUCAAGUCGGGAUUUCCAAGAGCAUUAGUCUGAGUCUCUAGUGCAAUUUCACAGUCCUUUGGGGUCCUAAUUAGCAGUUCUGUUUUGAAAACCAUUUUGAACGGUUCCUCCAUGAUCAGAAUGCUUUAACUGAAAAUUAUCCAAGUGAGGUGGAUUUUUUUAAGCAGAUAUCUUCUUGUUUUUUUUUUUUUUCUCCUUCAACUUCUACAACACACUUCCAGAGGGGAAAGAAAGAGUGCAUCUCAGAUUGGGACACUUUUGGCAUAUUUCAAAGCCCCCAGGGCAGUUCUGCCCACCUCUGAAUCACAGAUGAGAUGGGACAGACUGCUUCUCUUUUGGUUCUGUUUGCGUCCAUGUCCGGGAGACCAUCAUGGAAUUCUGUUCUCUGCUUGUUUGGAAUGCAUGGUGCCCAAUCGAUUCGUUUUGGUGGUGCCUGAUGGCAUGCAAAUGCUCUAGUACAGCCAGGCGCGUGCACAAACAUCACAUCCCCCUACAAUCCCUUGUCUGGCUCAACUUUCCAAUGUGUAGCUUAAACAAAAGCAACAGGAGUCUGGGGAGAUUUGCUGUGCCUUCUUGGAAAUGUUUUCCCCUGAAGAGCUAAAAGGCUGGAAGAGACACCAUGAGGAUCACAGAACUAACUCUACUUGGGAAUCUUGCGGAUAAGAAAACAGACCUUAAGAGGUUGUCCCUGAAAGCAUCGUGUGCACUGGGCAGAUGCAGAUAUGGUGGCCAGGAUUUUUUUUUUCUUCCAGGGGCUUCCACCAAAGGGAGCCAGGUGGGGAGAGGAAGCCUAGGAGGUGGUGUGGGCACCGGGCUGUCCUCCUGCUGGCUUGGCACACUGCAAACUGGGCACUUGGUGGGCACCAUGAAGAGUUUCUCCUGUAAGAGCAUCAACCCCACUGAGGCAGGACACGUGUAUGGGUGAGGCUUUCCUCUUAGCUCUUCAACAACAGUGUUCCUUGCCUUCCUUUUUCCUGAAGGUAAAUCCUCUCACUGUCAGCUACAGUGGCUGGGAAGGCAUCACUGCUGAUCCCGGAGAAACACUUUAGCAAAUGAGAGGCUGUUUCAAAGGAAUACUGUUGUCUCUUUUUGAAUUGAACCAGACCAGAUGAACUGACCUACUUUUGACCAAGCUACUAAAAGAUUGCUUGGAAACCCAAUUGACAGUCAAACCCUCAACGUAAACAAAAGGCCUCUUUGAAAGAAUUUGAAGGUCUUUGCAAAUGGCUGCCCCAACUGGCAAUAUCGUCUUACCACUGUAUUCCUGGAUGACAUCUGUGAAAGUUGACUUAACUGGCUUACUUCUUUGCUCAUUGCAAACAUAUUUUGCCUAAUUUUAUUAGCAAGGGUAUAAGAAUUUAGACCCUUGCUUAAUAUGUGUAUAGUCUAUCCCAAAGUGGUAAAGAAUAGUUUUGGGUUCCCAAGGUGUUUUUAAAGAUGUUGGCAUAUUAAUCCUUGUGCCAUUAUUGUAAUUAAUGUGCUACUUUUCUUAGAUGCCACAGAUACCUAGUGACAUAUCUGUUACAGGGGAAAUUUCUAUUUAGCUAUAUAGAGGUCUCAAUGGCACAGGUGUCACAAGAAUCAUUCAGCUCUUCAAGACUUUCUCUUAUACUUACAUGUAGUGAGCACCUCUAUCUUAUAUACCUAAAAUUCCUGUAAUUUUUACGGGAGGUGUACUUUAUUUGCUCAGCACUUGGAUAAAAAGGAAGGCCAAAUAUGUCAGUGGGCUUCCACUUUGAGUUUAUUGGACUGGCAAUCAGACACUCUGACUCUAGAUUCAAUCACUUAGUAACCUCAAGAUCUUGGUUAGCUGUAUCAAAUGGAAUACAAUGAGAAAGUAUGAAAAUAUUUUUUAAAAUCUGCUUUUCAGUAUAACCUCCAAGUACAUGUGUGCAGGCUGGAUCUCACCCCAAAUCUCAGACUCAUGUCCCCUUCCUAUUCGACCUCUCCCCUUGACUGACAAGUAGGAUUUUCCAAAAAUUCCUCCCCACCCUCAAAAAAGUCCAACACGUACUCAGUCUCCUCCUUGAUAAAUUAUAAGUUCAUUGCUUAGAUAAAAAAAAAAAAAUCCAGGAGUCAUCCUCAAUGCCUUUUCCUUCUUUCGCCUUCCACAUCUGGUCCAUCACCGUAUGCCGUUGGCUCUACCUUCCGAACAUAUGCAGGAUCUGGUCCCCUCUCACCUCCAUGGCCACUGCCCAGGUUCAGUAUGUGACCUUUUCUUGCCUUUUAUUGCAACCACCUCCUCUCAUCUCCAUGCUUCUGCCAUUGCCCCCUUUAGCCUAUUAGGGAUGAAAGCGGCCAAAGUGAUCAGCCACUGCCCUGCUCCAACCCUCCGUGACCUCCACCUCACAGUCUACAUACCUGCCCAUACGGGUUUACUUUCUGCUCCACUCACUGGCAUCACACUCAUCUGCUUCUUAUAACCAGAACCUUUCUUAGUACACAGCAGGAGCUCAGGAGAUGUUUGAAUAUUCGAAUGAGUUAAGGAAAGAGCAAGGAUCUUUUUCUGUUUUAUUUCCCCAACUGCUUAAUGGCGGAACCUUUCAAGUGAUUUCUUUUAUAAACACAUUGAUUUAAAUAUAAAAGGAUGUGUGUCCAUUUGAAGAUUACAGAAGUAUGGGGGAGAAAGGCUACAUAUUCCUCCCAGGACCAAUACCUAGAAGCUUACCACUGUGUCCUUCUAAGGCACUUUUCUAGGUAGAAAUCACUUCUGUCUAGAGUUUUUUGGUUUUUUGGUUGUUUUGGGUUUUUUUGUAAAAUGAGGAUAAUUCCAUAUAAAUUGUUCUGUAACUUGCUCCCCACCCUACCCCCCGCUCCACAUUUUAUCCUGGAUUCUCUUCCAUUUUAGCGCAUUCAAAAUGUUUUGGAACUUAUAUUUAAUAAGGCAUCACACAGGCAGGUUGGUUAGAAAGAGGCAUUUUAUAAAUAAGAACAUGAUUCAUUUUUAGUUUUUUUUUUUUUUUUUUUUUUUAGUUCCAGUAUAGUUAACAUACAGUGCUAUAUUAGUACAACAUAGUGAUUCAACACUUCCAUACCUCACCCGGUGCUCAUCACAACAGGUGCACUCCUUCAUCCCCAUCAACUAUUUCCCCCUUCCCCCCACCCACCUCCCCUCUGGUGGCCAUCAGUUUGUUCUCUAUAGUUAAGAGUCUGUUUUGGGGGUUUGUUUUGUUUCUUAAAUUCCACACAUGAAUGACAUCAUAUGAUAUUUGUCUUCCGCUGACCGACUUAUUUCACGUAGCAUAAUACUCUAGAUCCAUCCAUGUUGUUGCAAAUGUCAGAAUUCCCUUCUUUGUUAUGGCUGAGUCAUAUUCCAUUAUACCAUUAUACACACACACACACACACACACACGCACACACACACCACUUUUUCUUUAUCCAUUCAUCUAUCGGUAGACACUUGGGCUGCUUCCAUAAUUUGGCUCUUGUACAUAAUGCUGCAAUAAACAUAGGGAUGCAUACAUAUUUUCAAAUUAGUGUUUUUGUAUUCUUUAGUAAAUACCUAAUAGUGGAAUUACUGGAUCACAUGGUAAUUCUAUUUUUAAUUUUUUUGAGGAACCUCCAUACCAUUUUCCACAGUGGCUGCACCAGUUUGCAUUCCCACCAACAGUGCAUAAAGGUUCCUUUCUUCGCCACGUCCUCACCAACACUUACUGUAAUAAAAACAUGAUUUUAAUCAUUCUGAUGAUCAUUACUCCAUAGGCUCACUAAAUGAGGCAUCCAGGAUCUCGAUAUCCAGUCCUGCUUUGACAGAGCCUGAGGUAUUUGCUGUAUCUGCUACAUUAGUGCAUAAACCUUAAGUCUAAUAGUGCCUCACAAAAGGCACGAUACGCUCACAAGAAAAAAGAGUAUUUCUUUUAAGUCUAGCCUUGUGAGGAAGGUAUGAGACUAUGUGUUUUAUUUUUAUUUUAUUUUUUGAAGAUCGAAUGGUGAAUUUAUUUCAUUCACGAAGAUCAUGAACUAUCUAAUAAGGUGCUUAUUAAAUAGUUCAUGAAUCGAGCAGCAUCCCUUCUAGAAGGUAGAGGAGAGAUUCCCGAGCAUAUGCAGUUUCUGAGUGAGACAGUGAAAACAUCAAGUGAUUUGCCAGCUUUCUGUUGCUGGUGAUCAUUUGCUCCAACCUCUAUCCUCUGGCUUCUCUGUGUCAGUGCUGUUUGUCGUGUGAAGGGCUGACGUGCUAGUUUAAUUCUGUAACUUAGCCUUCUUCCUUUGUGGCUUCUCCCUCGGUCUCUUUUAAGAGACCUUUCAGUGUGUUCUGCGAGGGCUUAGAAAUUGUACAAGUUCUUUAAGAAGCAUCUCAUUUUGGGUCGGUUCUCUCAAAAACCUG